GAGUUUUCAUUACAAUACCGUGGACACGAUAUUACACAGAAAAAUAUUCGUGAAAAAUAUGCGUCUCAAACUACCUUUUGACGAUGAAUUUCCUUUUAGCUUUUCCUUUGUUAUCUUUGGUUUUUAGAGUGACAUCAGGUGAUGAAAGUGAUGAAGACGAUGACUUUUUCAAACCUUUUCUGUCCCGAUUUCAAUGUUAUGGGACAGAUCAAACUGGUUGCAGUACAGACUUUAUCGACGCUCAUCCUAAACUAUCGCUGGCUCACAACAAACUGACGAGAGCCGACACCUUUAUGUAUUUGUUCACCAACAACGACGCAGAAAAACCAGAACUGUUGCACAAGUGCUCCAACGUAACUCCACCAGAGACCAACUUCAAUCCCAAAUGCAAAACUGAAAUCCUAAUUCCUGCAUCUUUUUCAGGAGCAUGUAGUGUUGCCAUAUACCGGGAAAUUGUGAGCGAGUUAUUGAAGAAGGGAUGCUGCAAUGUUAUUCUGGUGGAUUACAUGUGGGGAUAUUCUGUUGAUCUCGCAGAAGAAAUGCUCAAUGCAAAGAUAGUUGCGAAGCAACUGGCAAAAGUUGUAAAGAUUCUGAAGAAAACUUAUCAUCUCAAGCGCAAAGAUUUUAUAUGCACGGGAAGCAGCGUAGGAGCACACAUAUGUGGAUUUAUUGGGCAAAAGACACGUCUUGGCGUAAUCAAUGGUCUUGAUCCGAUUGGUUCACCUAUACAUGAGGACACACCUGUUGAUGAAAGGCUCGACCCUGGUGAUGCUGACUGUGUUCAAGUUAUACACACUAGUGCUGGGGGUUGUUUACCUUCUCCUGGGUGCAAUUUUUCAUGCGGCACUAUCGACAUUUGGUUCAAUGACGGCCUGGAACAGAAAUCAGCGAAAAUGGAAACAGUACUUGCUUUAAUAAAGAGUGAUUAUGUCUAUGCUACUCUGAAUCUUGUCGUCGGAUCUCAUAUUCAAGCUUUGCAAUAUUACAAAGCGUCAAUCAGGGCAAAGGACUGCAUAUUUAUCGCUGUGAGAUGCAAAAAUUAUGACCACUAUAAAAGCGGAAUGUGCUCUAGCUGUGGAAGAAAUGGAAACAAAUGCAUUUUGGUGGGUGCCGAUGCCUGUGAUUGCCUGCGUAAGAAAACCGUGAAAAGUAAACAUAAGUUGAGACAUUUUUACUUGAGCACCAGUGAUAGAUGUCCAUAUUGUAGCAAUACUGGUUUGAAUACAACUGGAUUUCAUUGUAAAGCUCCAAAACUCAAAGACUCACCUGUUUAGUUUCUGUAUCCAAGAACAAAUAAAUUGCUUUUGAAGCAGUUCUUUCAAUUAGAAAGAAAAUAAACUAAAGAAAUCAUAUUCAAGUGUAUGACUAAGCAUAUUUUUCA